CUUGGCUUGUGAAGAAUAUACGCAGAACUCGAUUUGACUCCGCACUGGUAGUCUCUAUGAUGCGUCCCGAGCCCCUCGACGGUGUUUGGGAAUUGACCGUGGCCCGAAACAUAUAUAUAACAGGUGUCACCAACCAUAAAAUCCCAUCACUGUCUAGCUUUUAUCAACCCAACAUACCUUGAACUCGAAACCCACUCUUCACAUAGUGAUUUCGCAGUAACAUAACCAAAUCGACCCCCCAACUACCUACCGGCUGACACAGAGGCAAUGGCACCACCAGCUCAAAUUCCCACCCGCCGUAUGGGCAAGGACGGACCCGAGGUUGCAUGCAUCGGCUUCGGCUUGAUGGGUCUCAGUUUCGGCUACGGCGCUGUCGAAUCAGAGGAAGAGCGCUUCAAGGUGCUUGAUCGUGCUUGGGAGAUUGGCGCCACCAACUGGGACACGGCCGACAUCUAUGGCGACUCGGAAGAUUUGGUUGGCAAAUGGUUCAAAAUGCACCCGGAAAGACGCAAGGACAUCUUUCUCGCCACCAAGUUUGGAGUCACUGGAACCAUAGAAAACCUCAGUGCGAACAGCUCGCCUGAAUACUGUCGCCAAGCUUCUCGACGUAGUUUCGAGCGUCUUGGGGUUGACUACGUCGACUUGUACUACGUGCAUCGACUGACCGAAUCCGUCCCGGUCGAAAAGACCAUCGAGGCAAUGGCAGAGCUGGUCAAGGAGGGCAAGGUCAAGUACCUGGGCAUGUCUGAGUGCUCGUCCUCUUCAGUUCGCCGGGCCCACAAGGUUCACCCCAUCGCUGCAGUCCAGGUCGAGUACAACCCGUGGGACCUGGCUAUCGAAGGAGAUGAGGGUACCAACCUCCUGGCGACCUGCCGUGAACUUGGUAUCUCAGUCGUCGCCUACUCGCCCUUCAGCCGUGGUCUGUUGACAGGCGCCCUCAAGUCGCGCGAGGACUUCAAUGACCCUACCGACUGCCGCCUGUUCCUCCCCCGCUACAGUGAAGAAAACUUCCCCAAGAACUUGGAGCUUGUGGCUGAGAUCGAGAAGAUUGCAAAGGAGAAGGGUUGUACUUCUGGUCAGCUCGUUCUGGCAUGGCUGCUGGCGCAAGGGAACGAAAUCAUCCCUAUCCCGGGGACCAAGAGGAUCAAGUUCUUGGAAGAGAACACGGCUGCUGCUCACGUGAAGCUUACAGCCGAGGAGGAGAAGAAGAUUCGUAAUUUGGUUGACAAGGCGAACAUCCAGGGCGACAGAGGUGCUUUUAUCAACUCAUAUGGCGACACUGUUGAGCUAUAAAUGCGAUCAAGAUCCAGGCCGUGGGGUCUAGUUCCAGGCUAGAGCGAGAACUAAACUAGGUAGCAAACUAGGCUAGAGUCAGUUAAAACGCGGCUGUUCCCAUUUCUACCUACAGACACAAACACAAAUGGAACAUCCAAUUCGAUAAUUCAUGGUGGACGGACGAAUGCGUCGCUGCGAUAAACUCAUUAAGUUGACCC